CGCCGUCGCUGCGUCGGAGACGGCGUCAAAAUCUUGCUCCUUUUUCUACCUCUACCUUGACCAUCGGGUUUGAAGACGAUGAACAUACCCGAUAUAUCCCGCUUAUCCAUAGACCCCGGUGUGUCGCCGCCGACGGGGUCGACGAGCACCGUGCAGGUGCCGGAGGACAUUCGGCACGCCACCGACAAGUAUCUUCUCAAGCUCAAGGACUAUGCGCAGGCGUUACCGUACUCGGUGGAGUCGAAUUCUUACAUGCAGCAGAUGCUCGACUUUAUUAUGCUACGGAUAGCACAAUGCGUGGAGGCAAAAGAUUACGACCCGGGGCUUGUGCAGUGGGAUAGCAUGUUGACUUACUGGCUCAUGCUCAAGUAUCCCAUUCCGAAGGAGAAGCGCGUACAAUUGGCGAGGGUCUAUUUCCAUGUAGCCACAACGCCAGGCAUGCCCACGCACAUCGUGGCGAACUGCGCGGAUGCGAUAUCAACGCUGACAAGGUCCAAGCACAAGCUUUCUGUGGAGGAUAUGCGGCUACCUUGGCAACCCAUCUUUAAGAUUCUCAGCAAGGACCUAUUUCUAACGCGUCGACAAUUCGAGAUCAGCCAAACGUCAUGGUAUAUGGGAUACCUGGCGAGCAUAUGCCGACGGUUUUUCCACCCCGCGGCGACUGAGGACAUGCUCUCAACUUUUCUGCCACUUAUGAAUGGAACAUCACUCGAUAGCGUGCUAUCCUCUCAGUAUUACCUCCUCACGUUCCUCCCUCAAUCACACCCCCAGUCAUACCUUCCCAGUCUCUUUCAAAUAUGGCAGUCGAUCAACUCGUAUAACUAUGAUGAGCGCAUGCUCCAAUUCCUCGCGCAGCUGUCAGAGAUGCAUGUUGAUCCCACGGUCAGUGACCCGAAGCGGAUUGAGGAGAUACCCGACGACGCCAAAUCACCAGAUGAGGAGCGUCCGGACUGGAACAAGGACGACCUGAAACACGAUUCGCGUAUGCGGUGGAGCGGUGUGUAUAAGGACGUUGGCAUAUAUACGGAGCAAGAAUGGUCGCAUAUAAUGUGCAAGUGCCUAGCUUCCAUGGAAAUAUCGUUGAAGGAUUCCGGUUCUUUGACUACUGGACCGUCUGCGGAUGGUCAAGCAGGUUUUGAGAUCGGACGAUUGCCUAAACCUAGCUGGCGCAUAGCGUCUCUAGCACGGAUCAUAGUGUACUCGAUGGCACCUGACGGUGUACCGGCACCACCGUCGUCUGCUCCAACUCCCUUCACACCAUUCAGCCCGGGAAUGAUGACUCCGCGAUCAGGCGUGGUGACUCCAUUCGGAUCUGGGAUGAUGACCCCUACGACCCCAGGAGUCAAUGGCGGAUCUUUGGGGGACUACCUGUCUGCCAAUCUCAGCCGAAAGGGCGUUUCACGCGUAAAGACCUACCUGGCUGGGUCCAAAGCAUUGGAUUCGCUUGUUCGCCUUAUUGCAUCGACGGAGAGCUUCUUCCAUCCAUCCACAUCUGGAAGCUGGACGCAUGACUUGAGCGCCUUCAUCAAGUAUAUCGUUUACGACUUCAACAAGCGAUGGCAUGAAGAGCAGCAGCCAGAUUGCCGAACGCCAAAGCACCGUCGUCUGACGCGUGAUAUGAAGCGCGAACUGGUCAAGUCCUUGCGCACGGUGGCGUUGCUAGCCAUGUUCAGCCAAGACUCCACGACCGUUAGCAACAUACAGAGUUGCCUGAAGAGCAUGAGUGUGAUGGAACCAGACUUGAUCCUCUAUCCCGUGCUGGAGCGCGCUUUUCCAGCUCUCGAAGCGCUUGUCGAGACGCAGCGCACGCUCGCAGUUAUCAAAGCUCUUGGCGCCAUUGCUCCUUCGCUCGUGUGCCGAGACGUGUUUUACCCUGGUGCCAAACAUCUCAUUCCGAUCCUGCAGCUGCUGGUUCCUGGGAUCGACUUGAAUGAUCCCUCCAAGACGCUUUGCACCACGUCAUUCCUCGUGGAAAUCUCGCAAUAUAUACUGAUUGGCGAGCUAGGCACAGAAUCUCCCGAGCCAGAGACCACGCAGGAUGCCCAACUGAGCGAGGCCCCAGAGGACAAGAAACGACCUAAUGGGCUACCAUCAUUCAAGCUUGAUGGCUUCGGGUCUUCCAGCAGCGAAGAAGCUUUGGAGCUUGAGCCACGUUUACCAGACGAAGAGGAAGAUAUUCUAUUGAGGGAAUCAACGUCCAGCUUCGCGAGCUGGGUGCAUGCCUUCGUCCGCAGAGUGCUGGUUCUGCUGGAAAACCUGCCGGAGGAAGGUGCCAGCGGUUCAUCUGGCACCACGGAAACGCAAGUUGUGGACGCCGUCACUGGGGCACUCAGUCAGAUCUGCGUUCACCUUUCAGAGCCUCUCUAUGAUCUGGUCCUGAAUAUUGUCUUCGACUUUGCCAGCAACAACGUCCGGUCAAACGCAGUUCGCGCCAUCCAUCAACUCGUUGAAUGUGUCGCAAACGCGAAUCCGGAGAAGACACUGGCGAAGUUCUUCCCGUUUGCAGAGCAGAACAUAAUCAUAGAGCUGGAACACGGCGCCAGUUCUCUGAGAACAACCGUGGAUUCGACACCUUUGCCCUCCGACACUACUCUUCACUGGAAUCUUGCCAUCCUCCGCGGAGCAAUGUAUAAUGACGGACGUGUCGUGCUCAAGUACAGUGAGAAACUUGUCGCACUGCUCAAGCUUCUGCAUGAGAAGACGUUCUCGAAGCGAGGGUGGACGUGGACGGGCAGACUUUUGUCUAGCACCUUGCUGACUUUGACUCACACAUAUCCUACGGAAAAUAGGUUCGUAAAUCCAGAGGAGUGGGAUAGUGCAGAGUUCCAAAAGAAUCAUCAUCGUUAUUGGGGCAAACUAUACAAGGCCGAAGACGUGAAGAUCUCUUGGCACGUUCCUAGCGCAGAGGAAAUCGAUCUCGCUCUUCGCAUCUUCCGCGAGGUGGUCGAGCCGGCUAUGGAUUCGUUGGAUGGUCUCCUCCAGCAUGGUCCCGUGCGGGACGCUGUUUGGCGCAAUGACUUCUGCCGACAUCUGAAUUUAGUGCGCGACGCCUUUUCCGGCAUACCAACACUGGCAAAGGAGACACGGACAAAGGAAGAGAUUGCAGCCUCCGUAGCGGAGAGCGAUAUCUUAAAUGAAAUACCGGAAAUGAUUGCGACUAUCGAGCCUCUACUCGCUGGCUUUCCCCUGGUCGAUCCUGAAGAUCCGCGUUAUGUGUACAUCACGUCUCUGAAGCGACGCUUUGGCAACUUCUUGCAUACUGCUUCAGUUUCUCUGCGCCAGCAGGGUGAAUACAAUACAGUCGACGCAGUGACCAUACUUGUACGAUCCAUCCGUACAUACAUGCUCGAGUACGGCGACAGCAGGGACAGUUACUACCUGCAGCGGGAGCAAUUCUCGAGCGAGAAAAGCGUCACUCGACAAUACGCCGGCCAGAAAGUAUGGCCUCGUGCGGUAUUCGUACGUCGCGCGCGAUUGUACCACUCCGCGCGGCUUCGCUGGAACUCGCUGGAGCGACGAAGAGGGCAGACAGAGAAUCAUCUGAUAGGUGAUCUGCUAGAAUGGGCUAUGUGGCAUUACGCGUCGGUGCGGGAAAUUAGCCAAUCGGUCCUUGAGUCAUUGUGUUCGGUGUACGACGGUGUACGGAAUCGCUGUCUUCCUGUGUUAUACAAGGCACUAGAGCCUGGAACAGAAGACGAUCGCAUGAAGGGUGCUCUAUGGACACUGAAUUCCCCCGUCUUUGCAAAAUAUGCGAUGUCAGAACCCACUCUCACGAGGGAACUGCUAGACAAGAUGUUUGCCUGUCAACACAACGAGAAGCCCUCUAUUCAGUCUUGCGUAUCCACGCUAUCCGACAAUUGUCUCGGUAGUUUCGUCGAGCCAAACCAUGUGGUCUACAACGUUGAGAAUACGGACCUUGAUGCUGCACUUCGGGAUCUGCGAUCCGUUACGCAAUUCUCGAACGAAGGGAACGAUUUGGUCUUGCGCUGCGCUGAGCAACGAACGAAGCGUACAAGCCUCAUAGAUGACGCAAGCGAUGCAACGACCUCACUCAUCAUCGACAUCGCUAAUUCCUCGAAAACACACUGGCGAUAUAGCAUCGUCGCCGUUAGGAUUCUAAGAUCGCUCAUCAGGAAGGAUCGACCGACGAAAGCCGCGCAUAUCCGGUGCCUUUUAGAGAAGACGUACGAUAGUCAUCCAAGUUUGCGUUACUAUGCGCAGCGUGCGAUCAUGAAGUGCUCUCGUUACAUCAAGCUGAGGACGCUCAGCCAAACUCAAGUUGACCUAGCUUUAGAACAGAAUCACAACCCUCUACGUCUCAAGGUUCCCGUCGGGGAGCCGGGCAAUGAAACGACCAUACGCUUCUUAUCAGACUUCAAAUCCGAACUCAACUUGUGCCAGGCACGAAGGAAUCCCUUGUUGUGUGAGAAGCCAACCAGCGGCUGGAUCGCAUGGGCGAAGCAUCAAGAUAAAUUUCUGCUGCCAUCUGCCACCGAAUGGCCGUUCCCCGCUUGGGAUCCUUCUAGCUCGGAGUGCAUGUCGGUCAUCGAAGAGUUUGCGAACAGCGCCGCAUUUUGGAAGGAGAUCACCAAACAUUUUUCAGCAGAAACUCAUGCCGAAGCCAUAUCGCAGGACCAUGCGUCAUCCGUGAAGUCAAUAUUGCAGCUACUCGGACCUAAACCUCUGGUACACAUGAAGCCGAUCCUAGAGGAACUCCUAGGGAACUCGGACAAGAAUAAACAGCGAGGUGCAGCCGAGCUGCUGGCAGGGUUGAUCGGUGGUUCGAAGCACUGGCCGACAAGUUCCCAAGAUGACCUCUGGGACUGGUUUAUACCUCAGCUCAGGACUGUUUUCAAAGGCAUCAAAACCGACACUCUUCUUGUAUGGACUUCUUUCCUGGAGGCGAGUUCAUUCUACGUGCUAUCCAACAAGGACCCCCGACGAGUGCAGCCUUUAGUGGAUUAUCUGGUUGAGGAAUUCACAACUACGGAUUAUAAUGCAGAGUCGUCAUUCGAUGCCGUAAAGAUCCUGUGCUUCUUCCGAGCGUUCUAUGAAGAAUUGAACUGGAAGGCGUUCGCAUGGAUGGAUGACGUUAUGGGCCGCAUUUGGCCGGAACUCCCAGGGGAACAUGACGACGUCCGCGCCUACAUAUCGGAGAUCCUUGUUUUUUCCGACAAAGUGAAAUGGCUGCCAAGAGCCUCUGCUGACGCUCAUACGGCGGAGGCCUUUGUCGUGGAAUGUCGUCAGUCAACUGAAGACGAUGACAUCAUGGGCAUCUUGCAUGGGUACCAUGAAGGGAGAGUGCACGAGCUCGUUGAUAGGUUCGAGAAAUGGAGAGGAGAACGACUGCCUGGUGUCAGGGCGUUCCAGUCCACUUACGACAAGGUUGGCAUCGCUGUGUGCAAAUGGUUGCAUUCAACUCUUCACGACACUCAUGCGGUGUUAGCCUUCCAAUACAUACUCCCGUUAAUGCCAGAGCUUUUCCGAUUUGCGGAAUUGCACGACAAUGAUGAGUUGUCGUUGCGAGCAGAUAUGCUCCUCGUACGGAUGUGCGGCGUUGUGCCACCGCCUCGACUGAUAAAGCCCUUGCUACUCCGCAUCUUCGAGGCGAUCCAAUCGUCUACUUCAUGGAGAGUGCGACUGAAGGCGUUGCCCCUGCUUCAAGUGUUUUACUUCCGCCAUAUGCCGCUUAUCGAUGACUUGCACAUCAUCGAGAUAUUGGAGGUGAUCUGCAAAUGUCUUGAUGACGAGAUCAUCGAAGUGCGGACGAUGGCCGCAACAACGCUCGCCGGCAUACUGAGACUUUCCCCAAGACGCAGUGUGCUCGUGCUCAAGGACCGUUUUGUACGUCUAGUCAAGAACAUCAAACUCCCGGGCAAGAAGGAAGCUGGGUACAGCAAUGCCGUUCGGAAGCUGCACGCGGGUGUACUGGGCAUUUGUGCACUGGUGGACAGUUAUCCAUACACCGUGGAGCGCUGGAUGCCUCCUUUGCUCACCACCGUGCUGGCCGAGCUCACGUACUUCCCUCCGCCGAUCUCAACGACCGUGCGCAAAUGCGCGAGCAACUUCAAGAAGACUCACCAAGACACUUGGCACGAAGACUCGAAACGAUUUGACGAAGACCAGUUGGCGGCUCUGUCGACCCUCCUGACCGGGUCUUCCUACUACGCCUGAUAUGAAACAACUAAUCAUCAGAAUCAUCUUAUCUGACCUUGCUGGAGCACGUCUAAUCGCGAGACAUAAUAAUCUGCC